GCUUUUUGUUGCCUGAAGGUCGGAGCGAUAUUUAUACCUUCAAGGUCGGGAUGAUGUAUUUUUGUGAAUUGGGUUAGUUAAUGAGUUCUUUACUUGGGAGGAAUUUGAAGUCGUCAACAUUCACACAAUGCGUGACGAAUUAGUGAAGAAGUUGCAGUCCCUUCAAGAACGCAAACGUCUUAUGUGUUCCCGUUCAACAAAGAUACGUGAAAUUGAACUUAAACGAAAAAUAAUUGAAAAUGUGCUAGAAGUUAUGCCGGAGUCGUCAGAGACUGCCGUACACCUCCGUGCCAUCGAGUCUGAGGUAAAUAAACAAGAUAUUGCUCUACGGCCUUGGAAGAAAAGGAAACUUACUACGUCAAUAAGUUCAACAAGUGAAACGCCAUUACCUACUCCGAUUGCUGUGAAUCCAAGUCAUCCAAAAGAUCCAAGUCUAAUUCAUGCUGAUAGUUUACGUAAAGGCACAUUAGAAUGGCGUUUAAAUCGUGCAUUAGAGUCCAAAAAAAUCGACUUGGCUGUAGAAAUAAGUGAUCGUAUUGGAGAUAGUUCUUCGUCGUCCACUGUUCUUUCUAAUGAGACAAUUUCUUCGAUUACUCAUAAACCAGGUGAAUCCAUGGAGAAACCAAAAUAUCGAAAACCUGUGUGGCUGCAUUUUCGCCAACAUACUUAUUGCUGAAGAAGUUUUCGUACCAAUUGUUGCUUGGUGUUAUAUCGCGAAUUGGCAGAAGUUAGAAUUGAUGGAUCACUGGAUUUUGUCCUUAUGUGCCUACCUUGCAAGCUGAAAAUCCUGUGUUCGACCCUCGUAGGAGUCGUGUGUGCGUACUGAUGAGGAGUCCCAAACAAAGACUAAACAUUUGUCCAGUACUUCCUGUUUUUCAAUAGUUCUUUAACUGAAGUCAGCUGACGAUCAACCUUAAAAGUCAGAGAAAUCUCUACAAAGCAACGUUAAAAAAUUAAUCUAGUGCUCACUAGUGACUCACUGCAGCAUGAAGUUGCCUGAAACUCUAUAGUGGACAGUUGGGACCAAGGGGAUUCAUCAAGCUGCGUGUGUGAACGACUGUUCGUCGAUGACACUGGCUGGUUGGCGCAGUAUACAAAAAAGGUUUUAAUUUUUACAACUGUAUUUUGGGGCAUUUAUCAAAGUCUAGUGUCUUUAAGAUGUUUAGUCAUUGAUUAGCAUAAUAUAAAGCAGUUUGUACCAUGAAAUCUUGUAUGCUCUUUAUUCUAAUAUCAUUCUAUGUCUCUUCAACUAAUUUUUCAUCGGAUGCUACCGAAAGUUUCAUUUUCUAAUGUUUUCAUUUAUUUAAUCUGUGUAUCAUAGUAGUAGAUUAUGAUAAGUUCGAACUGUUCACAAUUUGACCUGUUUGUUUUCUUAUCAUUCUUCGAAUGCCUUUUUCAAAUGAAGUGAAUUUCUAAUUGACAAAAUCGGAAUACUUCAUUAUCAUAAUCAAUUGGAUUAGAUUUACCCAAAAAUGAAGUCAUGCUAAUCUAUUUGUUCGUUUGGAUUAACUGAUUUUUUCUUCUUCUUGUGUUUAUGUGUUGUUGUUUUUUCCACAUGAUUGAUUUUGUUUUAUGGUCAUUAUUUGAUAAAGUCUGUUCACACACCUGCUUUAGUAGAUUUUCAUUCUGUAGGCAGAGUUGUAGGUCUUUUGACUAACGACUCAUUUAUCACCAACCACUGUGUCUCGUGUUUAAGGCUUAUUCUAUCCGAAAAAUGUUUAACCACCCAGGCGGUAUCUUCAAUUAUCAUAAUAUAGGUUUCACUUAUUGGGUGUAGUGUACUAAGAGAACAUGGAUGUGAUUGGGAGACAUAUAUCAAUAAUGUUCACAGAGAGAUAGAGAGAAAUUUGUGCUUUCUUAAUGAUUUGAAUACUUUUUCAAUCACUAUUGGAGUCAAGCACUAAGCAAUUAACUAUUAAGCAGUCUAGGUCACACUUGACAUUUUCUAAUAGAGAGUUACACCCACAAUUGAUUUUUUUAUAUUUAAGAAACCUUUUUUAAAGAAAAUGUGUAUUAAUAAUCGAAGUUCCAACUAAUUAUAUUUUGGAUUUACAACUAUAGUUGAGGACAUUAUAUUCACAGGUAGACAUGAAGACUAUUAAUUUUUUUUAUUACAGCUUGAUUCCACACUGUAUUUUUGGUACAAGUAUGGAAUUUUCAGCAUGGAUAUCGGUAGUCCAAAUU